UCUCUCUCUCUCUCUCACUUGCCCAUUAAUGCCUACAUAAAGAAGGUCUCAAAUUUCUCAUUUCUUUACCAUGGACAUUUGAACCAUCCUUUCAUACUCUAGAUAGGCAGAGACACCACAUGGGCAAGAAAAUGAAGCUCCCUUUUCUCUCCAAGAUUAACACAGACUCAUCAAGAUCUUCCUCAUCAUCAUCAUCAUGGCCUUGGCCUACUUAUUGUCAACAACCCAAAACCCUCUCUUUCAGAACCAGCGACAAUAUGUUCAAGACUCUUAACUCAGCUUACUUAGAUGUGGUGGACACACCUGCUGAGUCUUGGUUCACCAACUCUUCUGAGUCUGCGAGCUUCUCCACUGCAUCAGAUGAGUCAGGAGCAGGUGAACCCGCCUUAGAGACAGUGAUUCGAGGUUUAAGGUCAGAGAGGCUGUUCUUUGAGCCUGGGGAGACUAGCUCAAUCUUGGAAGAAGCCAAGGCAGGUAAUGGCGGUGGUGGUGAGAUCCCAUUUAAAGAAAGUGUGGUUUUUUCGAUGGACUCCCAAGACCCCUGUGUGGAUUUCAAGAAGUCAAUGGAAGAAAUGGUGGAAGCUCAUGGUUUAAAAGAUUGGGAAAGUCUUGAAGAGCUUCUUUGCUGCUAUUUGAAAGUGAAUGGAACGAGCAAUCAUGGGUAUAUUAUUGGUGCUUUUAUAGAUUUGCUUAUUGGUCUUGCUUUUGCUUCUUCUACAGCUAGUGAUUCUUGCUCUUGUUCUCGUUCACCUUCUUCUCCUUUGUCUUUCUACACUUCUUCCUUUUCCGAUGAUUCUUCUUCAACUCCUUGCGUUUCUUCAUUAGAAGCCGAUCAAGAGGAGAUUCAUAUAAGUCCUUGUUUAUCUUCUUUAGAAGCUCAGAAUGAGAUUAUUAAAGAAAAUUAAACUAUAGAUGAUAUGCUUCAUCUUAGUUUUUAAUUUCUUUUUUCUUAUUGUUUUAAUUCCCUCUAUCAUUAAUUUACGCCUUAUACAUUUGUGUGUACAUAUAUUUAUAUAUCAGUAGCUGAAUAUAUAUAGUAAAAUCUUUUUUCAUGAA